UGGUUUUGGAGUAUGUGGACGGUGUUCUCAAGUUUAGCUUACUUGAGUCUGUUUCUCGUCAGCGAAGCGUUGUACCACAGCUCUAGACAACAGCUGUCAAGUAAGAUUACCAACUACUGGCCAACGUAUAUUGACAGAGACACCCUUCUGGAGUCGCACAGACAUUUAACCAGCAGAGCGGCGUCGACGUCUUUCCUCACGGUCAAAUUUUCGUACAAUAAGAGAUCUGUCAUCUUGCAGUUGGAAAGGCAGAAGGAUGUUUUGUCUCAAUCUGCGACCGUGUUGAGGGUGGACGACUUUGGCGUUCACAGAGAGGCAUUCGAUCCCCAGGAGUUCUACGUAGGCGUCGUGGCAGGCGAGAACAACUCUUGGGCACAUGGUUAUGUAACAGUCAAUGGUUUAUUCGAAGGCACCUUUCAUCUAACAACUGGUCGAUAUCAUGUUGAGCCGGCCAGCUAUUACAGCCAUGUAGGUCUAAAUGAGAAACUAUUCAAUACAGUUGUUUACUCGGAAGAUGAUGUAAUCCACGACUACGUGCUGUCGGAGCCACUAGUGGAGCACGACUAUCAUGCAGUUACGAAUUCAUCACGAUUGCCUUCAUUAAACUGGCCGACAUCCGAGCGACAAAAACGGGCAACAACAGUGAAGAGGUUGUGCAAGGUCUACAUGGUAGCCGACCACCUCUUUUAUACGAAAGCAGGGAGAGGAGACUUUCUUUAUACGUUUCGUUACAUGAAUAUGCUACUUAGUGAAGCAUCGCACAUCAUCGAUCAAUACGAUUUUUCUGAAUUUUCUACAGGGUUUUCUACGAUUGGUUUUAUUCUUGCUGGCGUAACGAUAUAUGAAACUGCAUCACGUGACCCAUUUCACACCUCUGGAACAUCGGUUCAGGAUUUGUUGUUUGCAUUGGCUGAUCAGACGUGGGACAACUACUGUCUUGUUCAUCUACUGACGUAUCAUGAUUUCCAAUCCGGUAUAGUGGGGUUAGCAUACACAGCUAAACUUGGGUCGCAGUACAGUGGAGGUAUCUGUUCAAAGCGUGUUCAAACAAAAGAUGGGAUGAAAAAUCUUAAUUGUGGCUUAACAACAGCUGUCAACUAUUUACAACCUUUACCUCGCAUGGUCCAUUCUCUAGUAAUGGCACACGAAUUUGGGCACAACUUGGGAGCGGAUCACGACAGUCAAGCUUGCACGGCAGCGGGGGGCUUAGGAGGCCACUAUUUGAUGUUUCAAGCUGCAAACGAUGGAAGUCAGCCGAACAACAGGAAGAUGUCACUGUGCAGUCUUACACAGAUCGGUAAAGUUCUCACAGAAAAGGGUUCUUGUUUGACCGCAUACAAACCGACGUGUGGCAAUUACGUUCAAGAAGAUGGUGAGCAAUGUGAUUGUGGCACACCAGAACAAUGCAGUGAUUCCUGUUGUGACCCACACACGUGCCAGUUAGUCGAAGAUGCACAGUGCAGUCCAGCCGUGGGUGGCUACGACAUCGACAACUGCUGUACACCGGAUUGCAAGUUUGCACCGAGUAGCUACAUAUGCCGUGCUGAAGCAGACUGCACACAGCGGUCGUCUUGCAGUGGUUUUUCUUCGCGGUGUCCGGCUGUUGAGGCAAAGACGGAUGGAGAGAUUUGUGCCGAUGGCAAGAAAACGUGCCAAACGGGUGUCUGUAGUGGCUCGUUCUGUAGCCGCCGUGGCGUCUCAGAAUGCAAAUGUGCAUCCAAUGGCUGUGACAUUUGCUGUGUGUACCGAAACCAAACGUGCCUGCAGGUGCAGCAGUGGGUGCAGCAGGAGCAGUUGAAUGACAUUCCUAGUGAUGAGAAGUAUGUAUUGCCUGGAACUCCGUGCAACAGCUAUCAGGGCUACUGCACUAAAGAUGGUGUCUGUGAUGUCGCCGGAAGUAACGACGCUUUGGACAAUCUCAACAUACAAGUGUCCAACUGGCUCCAAUCUCAACUCGAAAAUGCACCGGGAUGGAUGAAAGACAACUGGUAUUGGAUUGUCGUCAUUGUGCUUGUGCUCAUCGUCCUUGCCAUCUUGGGUUACGCACUGUGCUGCUAUCGACGUAGUGGAUCAUCAGCAGAUGACGAGCUUGCCACUAUGAAUCUAAAAACUCUGAAGGCGACGUUUACAGACGGAGGUGAAGCUGAUCGUUUGACAGGGCAGAGAAGGAGAUUGUCGCCCAAACCCGGAAGGGAGAAAUUUCGUGGCGAAGGCAGUCGUCCCAGUCUUUUGGGCGACAGAAAUAGUCUGGAGGCGGCAGACGGAAGCAGCAAACCUUCGGACGAUGAAAGAUCAGGUCGUAAUCGGUCUGGAUCAUUGGGAGAAGGUCGUCGUGUGUCAAGAAAUCGAGUGAGAGCUAGACGAAGUCCGAAGGGUGGUAGUCAGCAGACGAACGCGCUCUCAAAGUCACCAUCUAAGGCAUCGUCAGACAGUGAUGGUAAUUCACUGCAAACUAUCGUGAAGUCGGCUGCUAAACUAGCAGAAGGGGCACACACGCUCGGAGAUGAGCAUUUGCACGAGGUAAAGCGGGGGAGGAGAACGGUCGGUCCAAAAGUGAGUGUGCAGCCUUCUAACUACAGUAGUUACCAUGCAGAUUCUACAUCUUCGUAUCGAUUUGUUUCUCCGUGGCAACGAGAAUUAGAGCCGCCGUUGCUUUCGGGUGCAUUCAAGUCAAACCACUAUAAUUCAGAGGGAGAAGAGCCAUACAACACUCGUGUGCAUGCUGAGCCAUGGAGAGGCCAUCGACGGCAAUAUUCAGACUCCGAGUCCGAAAACUACGGCAUCGCAGACAUGUGGCAGUAUCGACAAGGACGACAGAGUCAGCAGUACCAGAGAGGCAGAACGUCGCCUAUGCAGUCACCACAUGAGAUGACUCGUUUUUCGCAUGGUGGACAGGAAAGAGAAAAGUGGCCUUCCAGGGGUCAUUACUCAACUCACAACAGAGCUCAUCGCAUGAUCACGAUGUCAGACACUGAGGUUUCAGAUGACCAGUAUACAUCUGGUUAUAAACGACCUCCUAGACGGAGAGGCAGGAAAUCAUCAAUCCCUAACUCUACAGUGCGACCGUCAUCCAGUUGUGUGUCUCUUUCCGAUGGUCAGUAUACUGGAACAAACGGCACUCUGUCACAGCUACAUAAAUAUGGGACACCGCAAGACAAUCUAAGCCGUCAGUCUUCGGUCCCUAAUCUGCAGCAGGUGAGUAGUCGAAGAAGUUCUGCCGAAUCGACGGGCUCUACCGAUUUUGCUCAAUAUAUUUCGGCUAAGCAACCUCAUUAUGGACGUACUGAAGUCGAUGCUUUCUCGUUCAACAGGCAACCUCCUGUUGCUUCGAAUCAUGCUUCCUCCUCUUUAAGACAUUCCCAACAUCGUCAUAUUCGAGGACAUCAUGAGACACCAAACAGCUACCAAUCCGACAGUUCUAGGCCAAUUCAAAUCGUACAAGGUGCAGCUGCUCGAAGAGGUACAUACGGUAGUGAUCUAAACCUUACAGCAGACGUUUGACAAACGUUUAGUAUCAAUUUGAUAGAAUUAUAAAAAUGUUGCAAAUAAAUAUUGAUAUUUAGAACUG